CGGGAUCGGAGCCACCUUCCGCCCCUGAGGAGCGGAAGAGCUGACCUGUGUAGACAGUCUGCCUGUCCAGCAAAUAUCUUUUAAUGUGUUCCCCAAAAUACUCUACCUAUGGACCCCAAACCUCAUGUGGUGCCAGAGGGAGGACGGCUAGAAUACUUGCAGGCACUGGUCAGCGAGUUCCAGGAGACAGCAAGCCAAGAAGCCAAAGAGCAGGUCCUGGCCAAUCUAGCAAACUUUGCCUAUGACCCCAAUAACUACCAGUAUCUCCGGGAGCUACAGGUGUUGGACUUAUUCCUUGAUGUACUGAGUGAAGACAGCGAUACAUUAGUGGAAUUUGCCAUCGGUGGCCUUUGCAACCUGUGCCUGGAUAAAGUCAACAAAGAAUAUAUUCUACAGGUGGGAGGCAUCAAACCCAUCAUCAAUUGCCUUUCCAGCUCUAAUGAGGAGACAGUCAUGUCAGCAGUCACAACACUCAUGUUCCUGAGCACAUCCCAGUCCAUCCAGGAGCUCACAGCACUGCCCGUGGUGGAGUGCAUGCUCCGUUUCUCCCUCUCUGCAAAUAAGAGACUCAGCAAUCUGGCUACCAUCUUCCUGGAAGACUACUGCUCUCCUGACCAAGUGGAGGAGGCCCGGAAUUUGAGUGCACACACUGCUGUGGGCAUCCCACUCCCCAAAGACUGAUUGAUACUGUGCCAAGGUGGGUGGUGUCUACCCUUGGGACCCCUGUGGUGUCAAGUAGGCCCCAAUUAGGUGGUGGAAAGGCUUAUUAGUAGGAUAACAUAAGUGAGAGAAGCUGAGCCUGAGAAAAGACUGAGCUGGGCUAGACGGGGAAAAAGGAUGGCGGGACUUUACAAGAGAAAAGUGUCCCAUCAAACAAUAAAGAAGCUUUGGGGGUAGGAAGGAAACCCUGGAAUAAGAUGAAUCUUAAGACCAACAAAGUAUGGUACUACCAACCCCACCACUGUCUGGCAACAGAUAGUGGCCAAGGUUUUUGUACCUUUUGGACUGGGGGAUUUGGCUAGUAAUAUGUAAAGAAGGCUGUGAACCACCUUUUACAUGUAAUAAUAAGACCAUUAUCUGGAAUGGAUUGCCAUAUAUUUGCAUAACUGUUACCUGUACCGGUUUGUGGUGAGAGUUGAAGCCAUAGGUGGCUGGAUAUUUCUGCCUCUCCUUUAAAUAAAAAUUUC